AUGCUUUGGCGAAGUCUGCUCUCCGGCGCCGCCCUCCUCGGGCUGGCGACUGCGCAGGUCACGACGGACUGCAACCCGAUGAACGAGACCGAUUGCAAGCCUGAUCCUGCUUUUGGCACAUCGCACAUGUGGAACUUCAAUCAGACACCCAGCAGCGAUCUCUGGCGCACCAAAGUAGGACCCAUUACCUACGACAAGGAGAAGGGAGCAGAGUUCACCAUCAACAAGCAAGGUGACUCUCCCACCCUUGAAACCAAUUUCUACUUCUUCUUCGGCCGCCUUAGCUUCUCGCUCAAGGCGGCCACAGGACGGGGCAUUGUCAGCUCCAUGAUGAUGCUCAGCGACAACCUGGACGAAAUAGACUGGGAGUUCACAGGCACAGACGACCGAGCGUCUACAAACUUCUUCGGAAAACACGUCCUGAACUACGAAAACGGCGAGUACCAUGACAUGGACACGUCGUGCCACGAUGAUUACCACAACUACACGACUGUGUGGACAGCGGAGAAGAUGGACUUUUACAUCGAUGAGAAGAUUGUCCGGACAGUCAAGCACGAGGACGCCAAAGUCAACGACACCGACGUCUACCCCCAGACACCCAUGCGCGUGUCCCUGGGCAUCUGGGCUGGUGGCGACCCUUCCAUGAACGAGUGGACUCGCAAAUGGGCCGGCGGUGAUACCAAUUUCGAUGAGGGUCCAUUCACCAUGUAUGUCAAGGAUGCAUACAUUGAGGACUUUAGCACCGGCAAGGAAUACGUCUAUGGUGACAAGUCUGGAACGUGGGAAAGCAUCGAGAUUGUCAAGGGCAACUCGACUGCGUACGAGGCACUGAAUCAGAAGCCUAGCGAGUCCAAGUCGAUCAGCGAGAAGUUCAACGAACUGCCCCAGGCGGCCAAGAUCAGCGUCUACGCAGGAGGCGCUGCCGUCGGUGCCAUCGCCAUCGUCGCCCUCGUCUUCUUCUGCAUCAAGCAGCGUCGUCGUGGCGCGCAGGAAGCUCGGUCGGCUCUCCAGGCGUCGGAGACGGACCGAAGCAUCAACAGGUACAGCAAGAUGGGCAUCCAGACCGACGACUUUGCAGAGAGGGCCACCGAGUACGAUGCCCAUGAGAUGAAGAGCACUGGCCUAGCGGGCGCCAACUACUACAGUGUCCCAAGCAACGAGUCGACUGCCUAUGUCGGUGCUGCGGCUGUUGGUGCCGGCGCUGCGAUGCGCUCUCCGACUCAGAGUUCUUUCCACGAUGCGCGCAGUGCGCACGGCGGCUUCGCCUCACCACCGCCUCCGGUCGGCACUGUGCGCUCGCCGAGCCCUGGGAUGAUGCGGUCACCUGGAUCCCCCGGGCCUCAGCAGGCCUAUGGUGCUUCCCGGAUGCAGCACGACUCGCCCUUUAGCGACGCUAAUGCGUACGGCAACAGCCGUGUGCAGAGCCCUGGCCCUUCGCCCAUGUCUCCAUCCCAGCGAAGCUUCAGUGGCCAUUCUGGCUUCAGUCAACCGCGGCGCAGCCCAGGGCCUGGCGGGUACAGGCAGUAG